AAUCAACGGUAAAAAGCAGGAGGCGCGUCAGAGAACGUCUUUGUGGAAGUCGAAGGACGUCGAGCUGCACGUAAUUUAGUAACGACUUACAAUUUAAAUAAUUUACCAGAAAAAAAGAAGGAACAGUCAACCAAGAAAGAGAAGAAGAUACGUUUUUAAGAAGCUGCCGGAAAAAGUUAUUUUUACGUAGAGCUCAUUUUAUAAAACCAAGGGAAGCAAGAUGUCUCGCAGAAAAAGCCGCAGUGGAAGCCCCUCUCACCACACCACCAACAGCAAUGACCCUCGGGACCUGGAGCGCAGGAUUUUUGUUGGGAAUUUGCCGACAAACCUCAUGGAACGCAAGGACCUGCAGGAACUGUUCAUGAAGUACGGCAAAAUCAAUGCGCUUUCCAUGUUCCGUGGGUAUGGAUUUGUGCAGUUUGAGAGAAUCGACGAGGCGGAGUCGGCAAAGGCAGGGGAAAAUGGUCGCAUUUAUAAAGGGUAUAAAUUAGAUAUUAAUAUGGCAGCGGAGCGAAGACAACAUAAAGCUCAGUCCCGCCAGAGCCCCCCACGAAGAGAGCUGUAUACCGGCUAUGGGGAUGAGAGGGAGGUGCAGCCCCGCUCGCGUUCCCCGGUUCGAGGCAGGGAGCCCCGGGACCACAGAGAUACACGAGAGCCACGGGAUCGUGAGCCUCGCAGCACCCACUCCAGGGAGCAUGACCCCCGGGACCCCCACUUCGAUCGGUACCGUGCAGAUGGCAGGGAAAAGGAGGCCAGGGUGGACCCCCGUGAUCCAGCCCUCAGAGAUGAAGCUUACGAGCGGUACUAUAGAAUGGAUGAGUAUUACCGUAGGAAGGAAGAGCCCUUUAUGGAUCGCAGCAGGGACCCUUGGAAUGGCAGGAGGGAGCCUGAAGCGGAACCUGUGAGGCCGGACAAUCGGCGACGUGACGAGCUCUACCGGCAGUACUACGAGGAGCUGCAGAGGCGCUACGACGCGGAGCGAGCCGUCGACUGCUCCGUCAUCGUGGUGAACAAGCAGCAGAAUAGGGAGUAUGCGGAGACGGUGGGUCGCCAGGUGCGUGACCUGGGCAUGGUUGUGGAUCUGAUCUUCCUCAACACGGAGGUGUCCCUGACUCAGGCGCUGGAGGAUGUAGGCAGAGCUAGCACCCCCUUUGCCAUCAUCAUCACUCAGCAGCACCAAGUGCAUCGCUCCUGCACAGUCAACAUCCUCUAUGGGACGCCCCAGGAGCACCGCAACAUGCCGAUACAGGAUGCUAUGGUGCUGGUGGCGCACAACUACGACCUCUUCAAAGUGGAGAACCGUGACAAAGAGCGGGAGGAGAUUGCCAGGAAGGCUGCCAAGAUGGCAGAUGAGGUGCUAAUGCGGGAACAUGAGAGAGAAGGUCAUCCCAUCUCACUCCAGCCUGUCAUCACACUGCUCUCUGAGGGCAGGUAUCUUACCUUGGAUGAGAUGGACCGCCUCAUCUCCUAUCUCAGGGACAAGAGGGAGAGGCUUUUCCGAACGAGCAGCGACCCUCAUUCAGCAUCUCGUGCUCCGGCCUCAGCCUCUGGAGUGGGAGCCCUUGAGCCGCCCCCUCCGUCCUCUCAAAGCAUGUCCACCGCAUCCCACCUGCCUCCCCCUCAGACUUCCAACCCCCAGAACACUGCCAACCACCAGCAGGAGCUGCAGGCCAAGAUCCUCAGCCUGUUCAACAGCGGGGCUCCCCCUCCUGGGGUCCCCCCACCCUCAACGCAGGGCUACGGCUCCUCCAUGAGCAGUCAGAACCCUGGGGUCUCCCAGGGUGUCCCCCCACCCUCCAUGUCCAAGAUGCCCACCUCUGCAUCCCAGGUCCCCAGCAUGAUGCAGGCCAUGAACCCCCGGGCAGCCUUGAGACCCCCAGUCAUGCCCCCGGGGGUCCCCCCUCCAUAUGGCCCUCCCCCUGGCCGGAUGUCUGGCCCGUCGGGCGGUGCAGGGGUGCAGCGGUCAAGCACUGGUGGCUCGGGGAUCAAUUUUGACAACCCCAGUGUGCAGAAGGCACUGGACACCCUGAUUCAGAGCGGCCCUUCCAUCAACCACCUUGUCAGUCCAGGAAGCCAGCAGGGUCCCAGGCCUGGGCAGGGCAUGGGGCAGGGCAUGGGGCAGGCUCCUACCAUGGGGCAUUACCCUCGCCACUACUAACAUCCCAAAGAGCGGUGCAACCUACUCGUUCCACAGAGACCCCUUUUAAUGGACUGCGGCUGCAUUCUGCCCAGUCCUUUCAGUUUGAGUUUUUUGGACAUUUUGUCUUUUUUUUUUCUUUUGCAGAAGCAAGAGCAGCUACAAGGUGUCUGAAGAUUGUAUUUAAAUUGAAGCAGAGAGUAGGGGUGCCUACGAAGGCUACACUGUAAAUAUUUAUUUCUUGGACGUUUUAGUUUUUUAUAUCAAGCGUUUAGGCACCUUUUCAACUAUAGAACUUAAAUGAUAGCGACAGUCCUGAAAGUGGUGUUUUUAAUUAAUUGUCUUGACUUUUUUUUAUUGCAGUACUGUACAGUAGUAUUUACAAAACUUAAAGUUGCAGUUGAUUUGAGUGUUUGUACUUUAAAUACUGUAAUCUUUCUUUUAAGUAAGAUGAUAAUCAUUUUAUACAGUACCCUACUUGGAUUCUGAUGUAAACCUUGGGCUGUGAAUAGCAUUGUUGCUGAUAUUCAGAUUAAAAUAAUACAACAAA